AGACGUUGUUAAUUUUAAACAUAAGUGAUAAACUGCUAUACUAGUUAAGUUGAGUGUAUCAAGUUGUUUUUAUUUUAUGAAGGAAGGUCAUUAAAUAUUAAACAAUGGUGCCGGCGUGGCAGAACAAUUGGCCGUUCGUUAUCAAUGUGGGAAACAGCAUUAUUGGCGUGACAGUAUUGGCCAUGCCAUUUUGCUUUCAAGCUUGCGGGAUAGUGCUUGGAAGUUUGAUGUUGUUUUUCUCAACUUGGCUUACAAUGGAGUCAUGUCAGCUGCUUAUGAAGGCUGGGGUCACAUCGCGCAGAAGAAGCUACUCUCUCCUGGCAUCUUAUACUCAUGGGUCUUCAGGCAAGCUGAUAGUAGAGAUUGGUAUGAUAGGCCUGCAGCUGGGGACAUUGGUUGCUCAGGUGGUGAUCAUUGGAGAUCUGGGCCCAGCCAUUGUCUCAAAGUUUACAGGACUACAGAACACCAGUAACCUGCGUACUGGGCUGAUAGUGAUGUUAUGCCUGUGUGUUGGUCUGCCCCUGGCCAUGCUGAAGGAUGUACGCACCCUCGCCAAGACCAGCACGCUGUGUAUCCUAUUCUACGCUUUCUUCACUGUAUAUGUGUUCCUGUUAUCCAUACCUAAUCUGCUGUCAGGCAACUGGUACAGUAAAGUGAACUUCUGGAGGACGGAGGGCUUCUUUCAAUGUCUACCCAUCUUCUCUUUUGCCUUUGGCUGUCAGACUCAGUUGUUUAUUGUGUAUGAUGCCCUGGCUGACCCGUCACUGAAGAGGAUCAACAGCAUUGUCAGUUCUGCCGUACAUAUGUGUACAGUCUGCUACCUUUUAGUUGGAUUCUUUGGUUACAUUGCAUUCUGCAGUAUCGAUGACAUAUCUGGAGACAUAGUAAACCACUUCAAGGAGAAUGUAACAAGUGACCUCAUCAAGCUGUGUUUUGUCUGCUCUAUUGCCGUCUCCAUUCCACUCAUUGUGUUCCCCUGCAGAGCCUCAUUGUUUACACUCCUCUUCCCACAGAAGCCCAAAGAUGAUGUGCCAAGCAGUAGCAAGAUGCCGGAACUCCACUUCCAUCUGCUCACAGUGACCAUUGUCUGCUCUGCAAUGGUUGUCGGCAUCCUUAUACCUAAUAUUGAGUUUGUGCUGGGUCUUAACGGAGCCACAAUGGGAACACUGAUCUGCUACAUAUUCCCGGCUCUCUUCUUCCUCAACGUUAUGGCUGAUAAUGCAGAGAAGAAAAAUGUUGGUCGGCUGGUGUUGGUAUUGGGGGUGACGAUUAUGAUCGUGUGUACAUACACCACCCUGUCUGCAAAUUCUACCACUCAGCUCAGCGACCAGGCUAGGGAUCCCAUCAAUGACGAACUCAACAAGGAGAUCAACAAGGCGAAUGAAAUCAUUAAUGACAUCAAGAAGGUGGAGGUACCAAAUGUGGAAGCAGUCAAACGUGAUAGUUUAUCAAAUGAGAGACAUGAGCCGCCAAUACCCCAGGAGCCAGAGGAAAACAAGACGAAAUCCAGACCGAAAAUCAUAGAGGAGGAUGACAAAAGAUUAGAAAAGAAGCAGGGAGAAGAGGGAAAGGAACACCAAAGUGUUGAAGAAGUGAAGAGUGGUAAAGAUCCUAAACAAGAGAACAAGAGAUCUAAGGAUGCACAUGUUCCACCAGAUGUAAAGAAUGAAAAGAUCAUAAAGGUAGAGGACAUGAAGAAAGACAUUGGAAGAGAGGUUAUUGACAAAGGCGCACAUGCUCAUGCUCGAGAUGAGAAGGUGAAAGAGAGAGAUGAAGAAAAAGAUAAGGCACAUCCAGAUGAUAAAUUUGGAGACAAAAGCAAAUAUAAGCAGGGUAUAGAAAAUCCUAAAGCACAAGAUGAGGAGCUGAAACAAGCAGAGAAAGGUGAAGUAAAGCAAGAAGAGGCUGACAAGAAACAAAAAGAGAUCCUGGAGAAACUGGAACAGCAGCAGAAAGAGCAACAGAAGUUGAUUGAAGAGCAAAAAGAGAUCUUGCAGGAAUUGAAGGAACACAAUGACAAGCACAAGGGUGAGGAACAAGUCCAACAAGGUCAAAACAUGCAAGGUCAACUACAUAAUCUUCAAGAUCAAGGUCAACAGCAAAACCUUGAAGGUCAACAGCAAAAUCUUCAAGGUCAAGAACAAAACUUUCAAGUUCAAGGUCAACAACAAAACCUCCAAGGUCAACAGCAAAACCUUCAAGGUCAACAGCAAAACCUUCAAGGUCAACAGCAAAAUUUGCAAGGUCAACAGCAAAACAUACUGGGUCAAGUUAAUCUCCAGGGUCAAAACCAGCAAAAUUUAAACAUGCAAGAUGGAAUGUUGAGGCAAGCUGAUGGGAAUGCAGGGUUAAAGGAUGUAGGUAAGGGAGCAGAAGGUCAGCUACUGCCUCAAGGAGGUCAAGCUAAUGUGCUCAAACGGGAACCUAAUCUUCUUGGAGGGGAAGACCAAAAACAGCAGGGUAUUGGUAAUCAUGUUCAGGAGCAGGCAAACUUGUUUCAGCAUGGUGUUGAUAAUGUUAUAGAAAUUAACAAUGAUGUUAAAGCCGCAGGCCAGCUUGGUCAGAAUCAGCAGUUUAUUCCUGAUCAGCAGAAUCAGCAGGGUUUGCUUAUACAAAAACAGGGACAACAAGAUGAUUUAAAUGCCAAACAUUUGGUUGGAAAUAGACCAGAGCUAAUAAUAAAUAAUGAAGAACAUUUUAUUGAGAAAUCUAAACACCUAGAUGGAAAUGUUGGACUGUCAAAUAAAGGGAAUAAACUACAAGGUGCAGUGGAUAAUAAUGAAAACAUUGAUCUUGUAAAACAUAGGGGAAAGCGUGAAGCAAAUGAUGAACCUGUUGAGGACAAAAGUUUUAAAGACAGAAACUUGUAUGGUGAUGGAAAUGAGCUUGCCAUAGAAGAUGCAGAUGCUAAACAAACUGGUGUUGUGGAUUCAAAUCUUAAUGUACAUAAGAAUGACAUAGUCAACGAAGAAGAUGCUAAACAAACUGGUGUUGUUGAUUUAAAUCUUAAUGUGCAUAUGAAUGACAUAGUUGACAAAACAGAUGAUGAUGGUUAUCAGGAAGAGAAAGGAAAUGUUGCUGCUAAGGAACCGAUUGAUUUAGAUAUUCUGAAAAAUGAAAAAGACCCUGUACCUAAUGCUGCUCUUCUAGUUGGGGAUACUGGUUGAAGUAAAAGAUAAUGGUGCAUGUAUAUUAUAGUGAUAUGUUGAUUUGCUCACUGGGUUAAAGAAUGUGGGAGCAUAAUGCAAUUGUUAAGUAUGUCAUGAUGUUAAGUAUGAUCCAUUUUGAAUUUUAUGUUUUUAUAAAACAGUUGAACUAUUGUCAAAGCCUUUGUGUCAUUGAUGUCAGGCAAAAACUUGAAUCAUGGUUGUUUCUUACAAAUUUUUCAAGGUAUUAACAUGAAACUUUAUACAAAUGUUACCAGUGAAAAUAUACAUAUAUAUAGAACAGGCAUAACUCUGGCUCUAGUAAUUGUCAAGUUAUGCCCCUUGUACAACUGAGGUGAGACAGUUGUCUGCACCUGCUUGCAGUGAGUGCUCGGGCUGUUGAUUCUAUUGAAUAAGUGCCAUAGAUUAUCCAAAGAGAAUAUUAGCAAUACUGUUGUAGCCGUUAUAUUUAUACCAACUGUAAUAAAAUAAUAUGAAGAAGAAUGUAAAUGCAAUAAAACUAUUGAAGUUUUGUUAUGAUUUAUGAUUAAGAUGUAUUUUCUCCCCUAAUACAAAAAUAUCAAUAUUGUAAAUGAUAUCCUUAUGGUGUUUUAAUUAUGAUAAAAUAAUAUUGAUUAUGCUCUUUUAAGAAACACUGUAUCAGUGGCUAAUUUUACCAAAAUUACAGAUAUAGUACCUUCCAGGUCUGAAUUAUUUUUUGCUUGUCAACUUUUGUUAAAUGAUCACUGUUCUGUUCAUUAUAUAAUUAAAGUAGGGCAUUCUUUAAACAUUGACAAUGUGUCUGUAAUUAAUUUAUUUUCAUGUGUUGAUUAAUGUGUAUGAUUGUCUCUCUGACAUCUUGCAGCAGUAGAUAUUGUUGCCAUGGUUACUGUAAUAUCCUAUAGACGGUUAUUUUUGCCAAGUGAUUUAAACUUCACAUAUUUGUAUGUUUUCAUCCAGUUUUUGCCUUAUUUUGAUAUUCCAUGUCAUUUUAAUAUUCCAUGUCAUUAAUUUGAUUUAAAUUCCUCUGUCACUUUUGAAUUUCAUUCAACAAAAAUUAAUCUUAUGCUUUAGAAUUAUCUCAUAAUGGUAACUGUGAUAUGUUUUAUUAGCUCCUUACCUGUUCUGUGUUCUUUUUAAUACAUUAUGUUCAAUAUACCAUUCUCAUUGAUUGUAUAAAUUCUCUUUGGAACUGUCAUAGACCUUUAUAUGUAUCUGUGGUAUAAAUUCGUAUUUUUUAAGAAAAUUAACUAAUAUUUUUGUGAUGGUAGACUAGAUUUUUUUCUUGAUUGUUUUAUGAUUAUUGCAAAUGGAGGGGUUCAAAGUGGCAUUAAAUGGAAAAGCACAUAGAACCGGUUAAAACCAUCGACAUAUACUUGCCAUAAAACUACACAGAUAUAUUUCCGAUGUUGAACAAAAGUAUCAACACUUGAUCUGUUUUGGUUUUGGAACAUCAAAUUCACUCAGUCUCUAAAAUAUUCCUCAAAGUAGACCAAUAUUUCAUAACCGAACUGUUAAGGGACCAUUGAUAGUCAAUCAGACUGAAUGAUUGUAAUACUCAUUUCUUACAAACAUUAAUGGUAGGGUGUCACCUUCACAACAUUUCGCAUUCAUGUGAUAAGGUCCUCACAAGUUGUAGUUUAACACUACCUCCAGACUUCAAUUCUUCACACUGUAUCCACUGCUCAUAAACGAACUUCAUAUUUUAUAUCGCUGAUUUGUAUUUUCAAAUGUUCUCACGUUUUGAAAUCCUCUGUAAAUAAGUCAUCGUGAUUGUUAUACAGAAUUUACUGAAGCUGGUAUAUAAAAAAUGUGUCUAAGGCAUUGAAUAUCAAAUGUUUUGUUAACUACUUCAUUCAUCAAGCCUAAAGAAAUUGAUGCUUUUAAGCUGGUCUGUUUUUCAAUGAAAGGUAUUGUGAUAGUCUUGGUGUCAUCUUCAUCAUUUGGGUUGUUGUUGUUGUUGGUGGUGGUUGUUAACAAUUUUAACAUUGGCCAACCCGUAACUCUGGCUCUUAUACUUGUUGAGUUGAGUCCCUUUUCGGACUGAACCACAUCAAAAACAGACGGGCAUUAACAUCGGAUUUUGGUACACUUAUUUAUGUUUCAUUGUAAAUCCACCUUUAUAGUGUUCUUGUUUGAAUGUUUGAAGCGCAACAUUUACUCGUGGUUUUAAAUGAACAUAUAUUGGUAAUAAAAUGAUAUAAGAUUGAA